UUAGAGUCCUUUUAAUUAUAAAUUUUCCAAUUUCAUUUCCACUUUUCUAAGAAUCCCCAAUUUUUCAGAAAUUUAAUUUUUGGUGUUAAUAUGUUUGUAUGCCUAGGUACUCGAUGUAUGAGAGUAAGAAGUUGAUGUGGGAGGUGGAUGUGGUUGGAGAUGAGAACGAAAAUGUGGCGGAGAUUGUCAAGGCUUUCUUAAACAGAACAAUGGAGGUUUUUGAAGAAAACUCUAAAGAGAUCAUGACAACAGUUACAAAGGUCAGACAUUCUCUUGCAAGAGCCAGGCAUCAGCAAUACUGGAUCAAAUCUAAGAAUAGCAAGGAUGCAGAAAGACUGGAAUCUCUUCAGGGUAUGGUUGACACGUGGAGUAUAGUGUACAGUGGACUAGUCUGCGCAGUAGGAAUUGGACAGAUAUUAGUGCUCAGUUUCUUCAACAUAAAGCCUGCCACUUCACAACUAAAGAUGAGAACAUAAUCAUCAGAUGGAAGAAGAAGAAAAAUGAUGUUUUGUAUUUUUUUGAAUAAAUGUUUUGUUUUGAUUGAA